AUGCGUCGUCCGACGAACCUCGUCGUCGACACCGACACGACCUCCAUGACCUCCAUGACCGACGCGUCUUCCAUCCACCCCCAGUCCGCGACCACCCUCAAGGCUCCGGUCGAGUCCAUCACCUCCCUCCCGGAACUUGCACCACCACAACCUUCCAUCUCUCUCCUCUUCUCCCUGAUUACCCGCCGCGACUUCUUCUACCUCGUCCUCCCCGCCAUCCUCACCUCUCUCAUUGCGGGCGGCAUCGCCCCCUUCAUGACCUACGUUAUCGGCCAGUCCUUCGAUACCUUCGCUGCGUUCCCUACCACCCCGAACCCCUCCGAAGAUGCCAAGCACGCCCUUCUCCACGGCGUCGGCAUCGCGGCGCUCGAGCUCGUCGGCCUUGCCGUCGGCGCGCUCGCGCUGAGCAGCCUCACCUCGAGCCUGUGGAUUUGGACCGGGGAGCGCAACCUCGUCGCGGUCCGCAAACGGAUCUACACCGCGGUGACUCGCAAGGACAUGGUCUGGUUCGACAUGAAGAUGGGCUCCGAAGAUUCUGUUCAGGCCGUCGAGGGCGACGGUCCGAUCGGCGCUGGUGGCCUCAUGGCGAACUUUGCACGGGAGACCGACGAAGUCCGCAUGGCCUCCUCGCUCGCGGCGGGCAUGGUGAUCCAGUACACCACCACCUUCCUCACCUCCCUCGUCCUUGCCUUCGUGUGGUCGUGGCCCUCACCCUCCGCCUCCGCCGCGACCCUCGUCGACCGUGCGGUGGCCGCCAUCGCCACUGUCAAGGCAUUCAACGCGGAGCUCCACGAGGAGGAGCAACUCGACAGCGUUCUGCAGAAGAUCCGCCGCGCGGGGAAUAAGUGCCACACCGUCUGGGGCCUCAGCACCGGCGCGUCCCAAUUCACGAUGAUGGCGAUGUUCGUCCAGGCGUUCUGGUUCGGCGCCAAGCUCGUCCGCGACGGCUCGAUCUCCCCCGGCACGGUCAUGUCCGUCUUUUGGGCGUGCCUCAUCGCGACCAGCAACCUCCAGAUGGCGGUCCCACAGCUCAUCGUGCUCACCAAGGGCAAGUUCGCCAUGGUGGCGCUCAUGACGCUUGCGCAGUCGGAGACGUCCUCGGCGCCGUACGGCGCCGUCGCUCUCUCGCCCGUCAAGGGCCGCCGCCCGUCGUGGACGUUCCGCAAGAUCCAGCCCCAGCAAUGCCGCGGCCACUUCGAGGUCACCGACAUCUCCUUUGCGUACCCGUCGCGCCCGACGAUGCCCGUCCUCCAGAACGUGUCCAUCUUCCUGCCUCCACAGGAGACCUCGUUCGUCGUUGGCGGCUCCGGCUCUGGCAAAUCGACGCUCGCCCAGCUCCUCCUGCGCAUGUACACGCCGACGUCUGGCUCUAUCUUCAUGGACGACCAGGAACUCGGGUUCCUCGACGAGGACUUCACCCGCCACCACAUCGCCGCGGUCUCCCAGAACUGCAUCCUGUUCGACAUGAGCGUCCACGACAACGUCGCGAUGGGCCUCGCGUACCCCGGCAGCGCGCGCGCGCCGGCGGACGUGACGCGCGAGGAGGUCAUCAAGGUGUGCCGCGCGGCGCUCAUGCACGAGUUCGUGCGCGACCUCCCGGACGGCUACGACACCGCUUUGGGCACGAACGGCGCGAACCUGUCGGGCGGACAGAAGCAGCGUCUCGCUAUUGCGCGCGCGUUGCUGCGCAACCCCACGGUCCUUAUUCUUGGAUCGACGCACGCAGACGAGGCGACGUCCGCGCUGGACGCGACCUCUCGCAUUCUGGUCUUUGAGGCGAUCAAGCGCUGGCGCCGCAACAUGACCACCAUUGUUAUCACCCACGACUUGUCUCAGAUCGGCGACGACGACUUUGUGCACGUGCUCAAGGACGGCCAGCUCGUCGAGCAGGGCUUCCGGCAGGAGCUCGAGUCCUUCUCUAGCGAGUUCAGCCGGAUGUCCCACGCACAAGAGCUCGAGGGUGGCUUCCGCGAGAAGGACGUCGACGCCGACGAGGCGGAGGAGCUCCCGAUCGAGGCCAUCCUCGAGCACAGGACGAGGAGAGGCACGAGGAGCUCGAGGCACAUCGCGCCCUCGACUUUCCGCCCGCUCACUCUCGGCAACUGGAUGUUCGACGCGAUCGUGGAGCUCACCCACAACGCCCCCGCCCGCAGUCGCGCCCACCGCGAGUCCCGCCCGCUCAGCCGCUUCGUCCCCGCCGCGCAGGCCGACACCGCGUUCCGUCGGCGCACGCUCCACAUCGACACCCUCUCCUCUUCCCCCAUCGACACCACCGCGCCUCUCAGCCCGACCAGCAACCGGUUCAGCCUUCAGUUCACGCCCACCUCGCCCACGCUCUGCGGCCACCCGUCGCCGAAGCCGUUCGUGACGUCGAUGGUCGAGGACGACCUCGCCUUCGAGAAGGAGAAGGCGGCCAUGCAGCGCAGCGCGACCACCGCCAACGCACGCCGCCAGAACACGACCCGGCUCGACUCCGUCGUCGUCGAGAAGGCGGAGGAGGGUGCCGGCGCUGAAGCCCCCGCGACGCAAGACGUCGAGGUUCCCUUCUUCCGCCUCAUGCGCGCGAUCUGGCCGACGAUCCCCAACAAGCCGCUCCUCAUCCUUGGCCUCUGCAUCUGCAUUGCUAGCGGGACGGUCACACCCGUGUUCUCCUUCCUCCUCUCCCGGCUUUUCUACGAGGUCUCCAUCGGCGCGCGUGACGUCUCGAUCAUCAACGUCUACGGCGGGAUCGUCCUCGCGGUCGCCGCGACCGACGGUAUCCUCAUUGGCCUCAAGAUCUUCCUCAUGGAGAACGCGGCGAUGGCCUGGGUCACCCGCCUGCGCAACAUCUGCUACAAGCGCGUGCUCGGCCAGGACAAGAAGUGGUUCGACAAGCCCGAGAACUCAUCCGCCCGCCUGGUGCAGAUCCUCAUCAAGGACGGCGACGACGCGCGCUCGCUCAUCGCGAGCGUGUUCGGCCAGACACUCGUCGUCGGCGCGAUGCUCGGCGUCGGCCUCAUCUGGGCCCUCGUCCGCGGCUGGCAGCUCACCCUCGUCGGCUUUGCGAUCGCGCCCGUCUUCGCAGGCGUCAUGGCUCUCCAGUCCGGGCUCGUGUCCAAGUGCGAGAUGCGCAACAAGCGCGCGCGCGAGGAGGUGGCGAAGCAGUACUACGACAUGCUGACGACGCGCACAGGCGAUCUCAAACGUCCGCGCUAUCCGCGCGAUGGGCUUCGAGGGGCGUUCCGCGAGAAGUUCGAUGCCGCUGUCGACACCGCGCACAGCUCUGGUGUCCGCGGCGCGUUCGUUGAGGGCUGCACGUACGGAGUUGCGAGCGCGCUCAUCUACCUCGCCGAGGCGCUCCUCUUCUACGUCGGCGCAGUCCUUAUCGCGAACGGCACGUACUCGUACCUGCAGAUGAUCCAGACGCUGCAGCUGGUCGUUUUCUCUGUUUCCAUUGGGUCUCAGCUUAUGGCAUUCACUCAUCGCAUCACCAAGUCUCUCAACGCUACUCGUGACUUCAACCGCCUCCUCCAGCUCUUCACCACCACCGACGAGUCGCAAGGCAUCCUUACCCCCGAGCUCUCCGGCCCCAUCUCCUUCACCAACGUCUCCUUCUCGUACCCCGAGCGCCCCGAUGUCCCCGUCCUCAAGGACCUCUUUGUCGAGAUCAAGGAGAACGAGUGCGUCGCCAUCUCGACUCUCGCCUCGCUCGUCCAACGCCUGUACGAGCCGGAGACGGGAUGUGUCGCGAUCGGCCCGCACGUCCUGCGCUCCACGGACGUCCACCACCUCCGGAACCACGUCUCGAUCGUCAGCCAGCAGCCGCACCUCUUUGACGCCUCCGUCGCGGACAACAUCGCGUACGGCAACCCGCUCCUGUCCCGCGCGGACGUCGAGCGUGCCGCCGUCGCGGCGAACGUCCAUGACUUCGUCACCUCCCUCCCGCAGGGCUACGACACCCUCAUCGGCGAGAACGCGGCGCUGAUCUCGGGCGGGCAGGCGCAGCGGCUGCAGAUCGCGCGCGCGCUCGCGCGGCCGGCGCGCAUCCUCGUCCUCGACGAGUGCACGUCCGCGCUCGACGGCGCGAACCAGGCGGCGGUGAUGGAGAGCGUGCGGCACGCGCGGCGGGGGCGCACCACGCUGGUCGUGACGCACAAGCUCCCGCUGAUGCGCAUGUGCGACCGCAUAUUGGUCGUGCACGGGGGCGCGAUCGCGGAGGCGGGCACGUACGAGGAGCUCGUCGAGCGCCGCGGGGUGUUUGCGCAGCUCGCGCGCGGGGGCGAGUGGGAGUAG